AUGGGUGAGGAACUCAGGCUGUGCGCUACCACUGGCCCCAAGAUUGUUGCUGGACUGGUGGGAAGCCCAGGGCUGUCCUGGGGGCGUAGCAACGCCCCCCCUCAGCCCUUGGUAUCGAAGGACCUUUUACUUCCUUACAUCACAGAAAAUGCUAACGAGUAUCUGCAGACAUGCUUGGAAGAGGAGGAGUGCCAGCAGGAAGUCAGUCUUUUGAGGACCCAGGCUGAAGAGGACACCCACCUGGAGGCAUCUGGGAACGGGGUGAAUGACAUCCAGCACACGAUCCAGGCUGUGCUGCUAGACGUCUCUGCACGGGAAGACCACGCGUGCAAACAGCCGCAGGGCCACACGUGGAGGGCAUCAUUCACAGCUGCGCACACGGAAGUAGGGUUCUUGGCAGAUACGGUUCCAGGGCUCAGGAAGUGGGGAGAGGCUGGGCUGACGGGGUCUAUGUGUUCUUCAGGGAGUAUGGAGCCACAGAAAUGGUUAUUUGAUAUCAGAAUAUCAGAGGGUGAUAUUAUUGAGUUUGUUAAUGGUCACUUUGAUACCAAGAUUGGACCAAAGCAGAGAGAGAGUUACCGAAAGACUGCAGACAGCAUUGGGAGCUCAGCCAACAACAAUCUUUUCCUCCCUCAGUCCCACUUCACCAAGGCCCCUGCCACUAUCAUUGCUCUCCUCCAGGUCAGCCAUGUGACCGGUGGCCAGUUCCCUGGCCCCAGCUUGCUGGACCUCCCGACAGUGUGUGGCCCACCUGCCAUGCUCCCUGAGACGGGCUUCUUCACUUGA